AUGCCUACUGCUACAAGAGCCCGAAAUACUGGCAGCCGCAACCGCCGUGGAUCUGGUGCGGUAGAUCUCGCUGCCGCUACCCAGGCUACAUCCUCACAGCAGUCACGGCGGCGGAAGAGGUCAGCAGACGAAGCGGAUGCCGAAGCAGGGCGCGCACCAAGACGUCGGAGGAUAUCCACGGAGAGAAUUGAAGAGAUCGAUCUCGCGAACGACGAAGCGCUGUCUGCAGAGGAAGAACCUCUGCAACAGCAACAGCGAGACGCCAUCAAGCAGCAGCAGUCGGAACAGGACGAAGGCCCACAGAAGAUCGGAAAGAGGCAAUGCAUCAUCUGCAUGGAAAAGUUCACUAACUGUACAGCGACAUCAUGUGGCCACUUCUAUUGCCACGAGUGCCUGACUCAGGCUCUAAUGACUGGCGAGAAGAGCAGCGACCGAGGCAUAGGAACCUGUCCGGUCUGCCGUAAGCCCCUAUCACGCACGAACAAGAAGAAGAUGGACGUCAUACCGAUUCAAUUCAUGAAGCAGUCGCAGUUCACCAAGAACCAGCAGAAGCGUGGGCUGGCGGGCUGA